UUCGGUGCACCGAAUUCAUUACAAGCUCGUGAAAAUGAACACAUUGAUUUUAAUAAAGUUUCUACUGCUUUCGCUGGCUUUUGGUGCCUAUGUGUUUCCUGAUGAUUUCAAAAUCUGCAGAGGUGAAGGCCAAAAGUUGAAUAAAUGUAUCCUCAGUGCUAUUCGAGACGCUUGGCCGAAGUUAGCAGAUCCAGGUAUUUCAUCUCCCAUCACCAUCAAAACGGAACCUCUGUUCUCGCCUUACUGUGAAUACCACAUUAAUAAUGACGUUUUCAUCUUUGAUGAAUACUUCUGGAACUUAUCGCACACGGGAUUCAUCAAUUCUAAAAUAUUGAGUGCAAGUGUUGAUGUAUCAAAUUUAGCUUUGAAUUUUACUACUUUCACUCCAAAUGUUGUUCAAAAAUCUACGUACGUAGGUUAUGGAACACUCCUGUACAACAAAACCCGAGCUCCAGAAGCGAUUUGGGGUUUUGGACCAGCCGUAAAAGAUUUAUAUAACUUGACGAUUCUCCACCAGUUGAAAUCUGUCAAAGUUGAGAAGCAAGGAGAAACUUACCUCGACAUAGUGUCUUACCACGUUUCGGCCUCAUUAGAUUUCAUCACUUUCGAUUAUCAAAAUCUCUAUAAUGGAACAAAUCCUGAAAAAGCAAAGAGAGCAGGAGGCUAUGUAAAUGCCACUGCAGUAUACACCACAGCAAACCGAAAACCGUACGUUGAAGGUUUUUUUGCAGAAAUGUUCAAGACCUACGCAAAACGAAUUAUUGGAAGUGUCCCUCUUUGCAAACUGCUGCCAAGUUUCCUUUGAGUUAAUCUAGUUUAGAAUGACAGCAUUGACUGUUCUGAUGAAGAAAAAUAAAUGGAGAAAAUAGUA